AUCUUGUCACUCGCCAUAUGCAAUCGAAAAAGUUUAUUGAACUGAUAACUUGAGAACCGCUAUAGCCAACAUGGCGAUCUCCUUAUCAUAUAAAAUUGAAGUAAUCGUAGUUGUAAAUGAAAACAUAAAGAAGUGUUAACUCAUUGUUGUAAAUAAACAAUUAGGUGAUUUAAUGUACGUCUGAUACGCGUUUAGUGUGUUCGAAGAAUUAUAGCAACGGAAAAGCUUAUGCCAAUUGGUGCGAAAAAAUGGUAAAAUUAUACGCACUGUCUAUUUUAUAUAAACAUCCUACAUCUGCGACGACUAUGAAGUCUGCCUAUGAUGUAGAAUCAUUUUCAUUUUUUCAAAGAGCAAGUGUUAAAGAGUUUAUGAGUUUUGUAAGCAAAACCAUUGUUGAGAGGACUCAAAUCAGCUCUAGGCAAAGUGUUAAGGAAGGAGAUUACAUGUGUCACGUGUAUGUAAGAGCUGAUAACCUUGCUGCGGUUCUUAUAUCGGAUCAUGAGUACCCUAGGAGAGUAGCACAUACGCUUAUCACAAAGGUUAUGGAUGAAUUUGCUGCCAAGUAUCCAGCCUCGACAUGGGAAACAUUAAAUGAAGUUACAACCGAAUUUCCACAGCUUGUUGUAUAUUUAACUAAGUAUCGAAAUCCCAAUGAAGCAGAUGCUUUAACUAAAAUGCAAAAUGAUUUAGAUGAAACAAAAAUCAUUUUACACAAUACUUUAGAGGCUGUUCUUCAAAGAGGAGAGAAGUUGGAUGAUCUAGUUUCAAAAUCUGAAGGCCUCAGCAUGCAAUCAAAAGCAUUUUACAAAACUGCACGAAAAACUAAUUCCUGUUGCAGUUUGGCUCCUUAAAAGCUUUUCUCAAUAAAUUAUACUGAGUAUAUAUCAGUAAAUGUUACUGUCAGUUUUAUAAUGGCAAAUGCAAAGUUCAAAAAAUUAGUAUUAUACAUGUUUCGUUAAAACUAAUGAUAAAACAAAUUCUUAGGUUCUGUCAUGUGCAACAUUAACCAUUCAAUGUACAGAUUGCGCGAAUGUAGAGCAUAUGAUUGCACUUAAGUCAUCAAACUACUGCCGGUCUCGUCCAAUUGACUCCUACUAUUGAUUUGUAAUGUACUUCGUUAAAAAAAGUGUUGCACAAGUAAUGGAAAACAAAUUCAGCUAUGUCAACUUUGUACAAGAAUCCAUGAGUCAAAAGUAAAUGAUGAGAUAUAGAACAUAUACAGAACCACAUUCCAAUUUUAUUUUGUUAAAUUAAUAUAGAUGGGCCAGAAACAAGGCACAAUAAAGUUUAUUAGGUUGAUAUUCAACUGAGACAGAUUCGUCUGUACAAAGAGAGUUGUAAACACCUGGUUGGAAUGACUAAACAAGUACAAUUUUUAAAUUUUCUUGGAUGCUAAACUAAAACGUUUGUUCAAGUUCGUAACUGAUUACUUUCAUUUGUUCAAUCUAUGACAUAGUAUAGUAAGCAAAUGAAUACUAUUUAUAGGCUGUAUCCUUCUUUUUUUGUAUUGCAUUUGAAACUUAAAAAGAUAAUAAUUUUCUAUCUACCAUGUAUAAUCAGAAUUUACUACUUUUACACUAACAAUUGGAAAAGGUUGGUUAUACUGUUGUACUAAGUCAAGAAGGUGUAUCUCAAAAUAAACAGUUUUUAUUAUAAAGGAUGUCACACUACCGAUCAAUUUUCUAUAUAUCUGAAAAAUUAAAGAACCAUCGCGACAUUGAUUCACAGUCUCAUGAAAGAAACAUUUGAGAUAUGCCUUUUUGAAUUAGCACGGUAGUACAGUGUUAUAGAGUAAAAAUAUUUGAUUUGAUAAAUUUGUAAAAUGCUAUUAGUGAUUUCUACGUAAACCAAAGUAUUUAUAUAAAUUAUGCAAAUUUUAUAAUUAUCAAUAACCCAUGAAUAACCUCAGUUUUUCCAAAAAUAAUCGGUGUUCUAGUUUUUAAAAACAUGUAUUCUAGCAUGUAAUACCAUACUGGAUGAAGUACAUUAAACUACUUGUGAUUUUCAUAUAUAUGAACGAAUAUAUCCUCGUGAACAUAAUUAUAUUUUUAAUGUAUGUUUUGUGUUAUAAAGAUGAAAUAUAAUAACAAAAUUAUUAAAUUUU